CACACUCUGCCCCUCCUCGAGCGAGGACCUCAGCUUACACCACACGGGCGGACUUUUAGGCACCUGCGUGUAUCUCACCAUGGAGGUCAGGGGCCCCCGCGGACUGUGGACCGUCGUCUUCCUCCUGGGAUGUGGACGACUGUCGGCAUUCAACCUGGACUCCGAGAACGUGCUGCGGAAGAACGGGGAACCGGGCAGUUUGUUCGGCUUCUCGCUCGCCAUGCACUGGCAACUGCAGCCGGCGGAUAAGAGAAUGCUUUUGGUUGGCGCCCCAAGAGCCAAAGGAUUGGUGGGUCACAAAGCUAAAGUGACGGGGGGACUCUACAACUGUGACGUGACCUCCGCCUCAAGUACUUGCAACAGAGUGAUCUUUGACAACGAAGAGAAUACCCAAACUGAAAGCAAAGAAAACCAGUGGAUGGGAGUGUCAGUCAAAAGUCAGGGCCCAGGAGGCAAGAUUUUGACCUGUGCCCAUCGCUACCAGCGGCGGUAUAAGGCCGUGGAGUCCCGUGACAUCAUCGGCCGCUGCUACGUGCUGAGUCAGUCCUUGACUAUUAAUAAGGAGACGGAAGAAGAGGGAAAAAACUGGCAUUUCUGUGACGGUCGGCCUAAUACCCACGAGGUGUUCGGCUCCUGCCAGCAGGGCAUGUCUGCCACCUUCGACAAAGACUACCACUACCUCAUCUUUGCGGCUCCUGGGGCGUACAACUGGAAAGGGGUGGUACGCUUGGAACAGAAAAACGAUACAUUAAUAGCUUUGGGUAUCUAUUUCGACGGACCUUUUGAGACCGGAGAUGAGACCAAGAUGGACCCGGAGAUGGUCCCUGCGCCUCCCAACAGCUACUUGGGCUUUUCUUUGGACUCGGGUAGUGCUCUGACCAAGAUGGGCCAGCUCACAGUCGUGGCAGGAGCUCCAAGAGCAAAUCACAGUGGAGCUGUGGUGCUGCUGAAGAAAGGCGAUGAAACAAGCAAGACGUUGCUAGAAGAAUACACCCUGCACGGGGAGGGGCUGGCCUCGUCUUUCGGCUACGAUCUGACCGUGCUGGAUCUCAAUGGGGACAAAUGGCUGGACAUAGUGGUGGGAGCCCCUCAGUACUUUGAGAAGGAUGGGGAAAUAGGAGGAGCCGUCUAUGUCUAUGUCAACAAAGCCGGAAAGUGGAACAAAGUCACCCCCAUCAGAAUAGAUGGACUUAAGGACUCCAUGUUUGGUGAGGCUGUGGAAAACCUGGGGGACAUCAAUCAGGAUGGUUUCGAGGAUUUUGCAGUAGGAGCUCCUUAUGAGAAUGAAGGUGCAGGGGCUGUAUAUGUCUACCAUGGAGGAGCUAACGGUCUCCACUCUACAACAGCCUCACAGGUUUUGUCCGGCGAGCCUUUAGGAGUGAAACAGUUUGGCUACUCGUUGGCAGGAAACAUGGACCUGGAUAGGAACGCCUACCCUGACUUGGCUGUCGGAUCUCUCUCUGACUCCGUCUUUGUCUUCAAGGCCCGUCCAGUGAUUAGCAUCAAGAAGGAAAUCAAGUUCUCGCCAAAGGAUAUCGACCUCACCAAAAAGAACUGUGGCAGCGGCGUCUGCCUCGAGGUUGAGGCCUGCUUCUCCUACACUGCCAACCCCAAGGAUUACGCUCCCAGUCUGACCGUGGCAUACUCCCUCACGGCAGACGCCGACAAGAAGGGUAAGAGUCUUAAUCCCAGGGCGACCUUCAAAGAGCCUUCUGAAAAUAGCUACCACUCCAAAGGGACAAUCACCAUGGACACCAAAGGAAAGGAAAAGUGCAUUAAGCGUCAGCUUGAGAUCCAGGAAAAUAUUCGAGACAAGCUGCACGGGAUCCCUAUCGAUGUGUCAGUGGACAUCCAGGGGAGCGGCCGUAAACGCAGGCAGAGCUCAACUGCAGUAACACCUGUCCUCAACGCCAAUGAGCCGUCGACAAUUCGAUCAGAGGUGCAAUUCCUGAAACAAGGAUGUGGUGGCGACAAUAUUUGUCAAAGCAACUUGAAAGUGACGUAUCGGUACGGCUACAGGACAAUGGACGAGGACACAUUCAUUCCAUUAAAAGUGGAGGACGGCACGCCAGUGAUCUCGCUCAGUGACCAGAAGGACAUCGCCUUGGAGGUCAAAGUGUCCAAUCUAAAGGGAGAAGACGCACAUGAAGCCUCUAUGGCCGCCAUCUUCCCACGCUCCCUUUCCUACUCUGCUUACCGCGUUGCAGAUGCCGGGCAGGUAAUCUGCAAAGCCAAUAAGAAUGGUUCUCGGGCUGAUUGUGAGCUCGGAAACCCCUUCAAAGGCAACUCAGAGACAACCUUCUACAUUAUUCUGGGUACAUCAGGCAUCUCUGUAGAUACUACUGAGGUGGAGAUUGAUCUUCAGCUACAGACGACAAGCAAUCAAGAUAACAUAGCCCCUGUUAAAGCAAAGGCAAAGGUGCUCAUCAUGUUGCAGCUGUCUGUGUUAGGACAAGCUGAGCCGUCUCAGGUCUACUUUUCAGGAAAGGUCAAAGGUGAGACAGCCAUGAAGCAAGAAAGUGACAUUGGCAGUGCCAUCACACACAGCUUCCGAAUAAUCAAUCUGGGAAAGCGCUUGAAAGACUUGGGCACAGCCACCCUUGAAAUUCAGUGGCCAAAAGAAGUAGACUCAGGGAAAUGGCUUCUGUACCUGAUGAAGAUCAGCGCCACUGGAGUGGACCACAUGGAGUGCUCUCCUAAAGAGCAGAUCAACCCUCUUAACAAGGAACCAAGUACCAGGGUGAGAAGAGCAGCAAAACCUACCCUAAAAAGUGACGAAGGCACUAUUUCACGUUUACUUGAUACAAAGAAAUUCAAAACUCUGACCUGUGGGAAGGGGGCAAAAUGUGUGACAAUAAUGUGCCCCCUACGGGGCAUGGACAGUAAUGCAGUCAUCACUCUCAACUCUCGCCUCUGGGACGGCACAUUUAUAGAGGAUUACUCUUCACUGCAUCACGUGGAGGUGAUAGUAACAGCCUCUCUGCGUGUCGAUACCACAUCAAAGAACACAGAACUAACAAAUACUGAGACACAGGUGAGGCUGACGGUGUUCCCAGAGAGGGUCGAAGCCCGGUACGGAGGAGUGCCGUGGUGGAUCAUCGUGCUGUCCAUCCUGUUCGCGCUGCUGCUGUUGGCCCUGUUGGCUUUCCUUCUGUGGAAGAGUGACUUUUUUAAGCGUGACAGAUAUGAAGACGAGGUUCCAAUUUACAACGCUGUUCGCAUCAAGCGGAAGGAGAGGGGAAUAAACCCCAGGAAUGGGAACUGGGAGAACCUUGAAAAGAAGCCCUGGAUGACAACCUGGCAUGACAAGGAACAUUCGUGACAGCCAAUGAGAAUCUGACACCCCACAGAUUAUCUGUUGCUUACUAAUGAAUUCUAAUUUCUGAUUUUUUUUCUGCCUUUUUGCAGUGUGCACUAUAUAUAAAGAAAACAAAAACAUUUGUAGGACAAAUUCCCAAUCAAACGUUGUGCUUCAGAGGCUGAAUUGAUUUCGGAUAGUGUCUUUUGGAAGAGUUGCAGCGUGGGAGAUGGUUCUGCACAUGUCGAGCUUUGGAAAUGGUGUUCAAUGUUUACUACAUUCAGUGUUGACUGAGGGAGGGAGGUUUCUAGAGCGUUUGUACAUUGUUUUAGUGGGUUGCAGAAUAGUUUUGUAUUUAUUAUUCACAAAGAGGACUUCCUGUUUCAUGCUCUACAGGCCAAAUAUUCAUGUAAUGCAUACAGAGGCAUCCUUUUUAUUUUUUUAACGAAAAUGUGGCAUUUCCCCCCCAUGUAAAAGUGGAUUUUUUUAUUACUGUGCAUCUGCUCCAACAAUCAUGUGUAUUUUGUGGAUAAACAUUUCAGUGGUCAAGCACAUCGUUUUUACAUAUAAUUCCAAGCUUCUGCAGAAUUUCCUUUAUUCACUGGCUGUACAAAAAAUUGGGAGCAAACUUUUUCUUGAAUAAAAAAAAAAAAGUCGUA